AUGUUGGAACCAGAAGAAUAUCUCUAUGCUCUUGACUGGAAUAACAACAUAUCGGUUGUAGCCAUCACCCUGCUAUCCUACGACUAUAUGCUUCAGUUCGAGAAAGAGGUCACGUUUGUUUGGCAAAGGCAGUGGUCAGUGAUGACAUAUCUAUACCUUGUUGUGAGCUCUACCCUGCCAAAGUGCUUCAUGUUUCCCAUUUCGUUGCCAUAUCAGGUUCGAUAUUUUGGUAUUGUCCUUGCAAUGAUUUGCGCCGUCUGGGGAGGUCUAUUUUAUAUACCUGAAGCACCGUACGUCACAAUUGUGAGUAUAUCGUAUUCAACUGAAACUAGCUUUGCUUAUCAUCAAAUUGAAAUAGGUUAUGGUAUAUUCGUGUUCAUGCAAUGGGGUUUUUCUGUAUAUUUUUGCUUGGUGGAAGUCAUUCUCAUCUGGCGUCUUUACGCCCUACACAACCAAUCAAAGCUCAUACUUUAUGUUCUACUGGGGUUGCUCCUACCUAUCGUCGCGCUCUAUAUAGCGGUGGAUGCAUUUUUAUGGAGCCGGCCUUCAGCGAUCUCAGUGCAAGAAAUCAUAAUAACUCCAAAUAUCAAGUACUGCACAACUUUCUUCCACAUCGGGCCUAUGCAUAUGAUCUACGCUUCCAUCCCCGUCAUAUGCUAUGAUAUUUUCUUGGUUGUUCUCGCCAUUACCGUCUUCAGGAAGCACCUGAAAGAACGAAAGGAACUUAAAAUGAAGCCUAACACCUACGUAGUGAUGAUCAUCCAAUAUCAUGUCAUAUACUUUGUCAUGAAUUUGGCAACUCAAAUAUUCAUGGCGACAUUGUGGGCCCGCCCUUCGACGGUGGUGCUGUAUCUGGUAAUAUUGUUCAAGCUUACCGCGCCAUUUAUUAUCGUGCCACGUCUCAUCAUCAGCAUUUGGGAUACGCAUGCCAAUGACAACUGCGUACAUGUUAGUACGACAUUCGAGGAUUGUGUCUGUUUGACUUCGCCACCGGAAGUGGAGCAGCCCGAGGAUUGA